AUGGCUGGAUCACCUUUUGCACCAAGCUCUUCAUCAGCAAUCCCGGAUUGCGCUGAACUGGCUAGGCUCUUGCCUGACUAUGCUUUGGAUGGAACCAUUGGCACUGGCGCGACUAGUGUAGUCAAGAAAGCGAGACAUGUGAGGACUGGACAACUAGUAGCCAUUAAGAUCAUCUCCAUAAGGGAUAAACUGUCUGAAUAUCUAGUCAAAAAAGAGAUUAGAUUACUGAAUAUGCUUGACAGUCCUCGAGUAAUUCGACUGUAUGAUGUUUUAUACACCGAGGAUUAUGCAUGUCUCGUGCUUGAGUAUGCACCAAAUGGGGAUUUCUUAACUUAUCUCACUUCAAGGAACUUGAUGUCAGAGGCCGAAGCAAGGCCAUAUUUCCUUCAGCUGAUAUCAGGGGUGGAGUACCUGCAUCAGAAGAUGGUUGCACACCGUGACUUGAAACUUGAAAAUCUACUCAUUGAUGGAAAUUUCAAUCUGAAGAUAUCGGAUUUUGGUCUAAGUGCUAUCAUGAACAAUAGCUAUUUGCUGAGACAAAACUGUGGAAGCCUACAAUACGCUGCACCUGAGACAUUAUGUGCAGGACUUUUCUUAGAUAAGUUAAGAAUAAUGGAGUUAUUAACAGAAUUUAUACCUGCUUUUCUUAUUUCGAAUGAACCAUACUAUGGUACACAAGUUGAUGCCUGGAGUUGCGGCAUCAUCUUAUAUGCUAUCGUCUGUGGUUCAUUCCCAUUUAAGGAUCUGGAUCGUGAUGGCCUUAACAAAAAAAUUAUGAGUGGACAGAUUGAAUUUCCUGACAUGUACUUAUCAGCUGAAUUCCGUGACCUGGUUACUGGGAUGCUCACUGUUUGUCCUCUGAAUCGAAUGACUAUCUUUGAGAUUCGUCAGCACCCCUGGCUUCUUGCCUAG